UCCUAUUUCUCUCCGCGAGACGCCGCGCAGCGCAUCAGUCUCGGGGAAAGACGGAGGGAAGUGCAGGAGCAGGAGGUAAAAGAAAAGAGGGGAAAGAUAAAAUACAGAAACAGACGGACACAGGGAGAGGACACCGCGGACAAAACGAGAGCAAAAAAAAAAAAAAAGAAGAGAAAAACACACUCGGCAUGUUGAACGUGAUGCCCUGAGACGCGUAGACGGAGCUUCGUAGUAACGCCGAGCGCGCGCGAGGGGACCGCGGGGAACGUGGCUGGUGCGAAGGGACAAUUUACGCAUCAACACCACCACCAUCAUCCUCCUCAUCCUCCUCCUUCUCUUCGUCGUCAUAAGCACCAGCUGCAUCAUCGCCGUCAUCAUCACCAAAAUAUGUUCUGAAGGUCUGCGUGAAAAGAAAGAUUCGGAUUACUUCCAUGCACAUGUCUGAACGCGCUGAUCCACUGAUCAUCCAAGAAACCAGAGAGUGAGCUCCGGACUGGGGCUUCAGAUCCGAUCGGAUAUUUCUUUUUAGGGAUUUGAGAUUCUUCUUUUUCUUUUCUUUAAGAUGCACUUUUUGGGAAUAUCAGUGUGGUUUGCAUUUUCGGCGCUGCUCUACGCGAACCUCGCUUUCCAAUCAAGCCAUGAGUACUAUGAUUACGAGCAGGAGGAAGGAGAUGAUGGCAUGGAGCUGUCAGAGCCCGAUCUGGAGGAACAGUUGCGCUCUGCCGGCAGUGUGGACGAGUUGAUGAGGUUACUCUACCCCAGCUACUGGAACAUGUUAAAGUGCCACUCCAAGCGCUCCAUCAAUCCUCGCUUCGCUCACCGAGACCCGGACACUCGCUCCGAGGAGCUCUCCUUCGCCGCCGCCUACUUCAACCUCGACAUAUUUAAAAGUAUUGAGGCAGAGUGGAGAAAGACCCUGUGCAUGCCGCGCGAGGUGUGUUUAGAUGUGGGGAAAGAGUUUGGGGCGGCGACAAACACCUUCUUUAAACCCCCGUGCGUGUCUGUCUACAGAUGUGGAGGCUGCUGCAACAGUGAGGAGCUCCAGUGCAUGAACAUCAGCACCUCCUUCAUCAGCAAAACGCUGUUUGAGAUCACAGUCCCCGUGAAGCAGCCACCCAAGCCGGUCACCAUCAGCUUCGCCAAUCAUACCUCAUGCAGCUGUUUGUCCAAGCUGGAUGUGUACAGACAGAAACACUCCAUCAUUCGGCGAGCGCUGCCAGAAUGUCAUGUGGGGAAUAAAACAUGCCCGAAGAACCAAAGCUGGAGCAAUGGCUUAUGCAGAUGUGUGGUUCUUCCCGACACGCUCUUUCCCCGGCAGCACUCGGACCCAAUCGAGCAGGACUUCUGCGGCCCCAACAAAGAGCUAGACGAGGAGACGUGUCGGUGUGUAUGUCGAAAAGACUUGACGACGGCGGGCUGCGGGCCGAAACGUCACCUGGACAAGAACACCUGUCAGUGUGUGUGUAAAACUCAGCCGAGAUCCUGCAGCCCUCAUCACACCUUCAACAAGGACACGUGCCAGUGCAGCUGCAACAAAGUGUGUCCCAGCACUCACCCACUCAACCGCACCAAGUGUGCAUGCGAGUGUAACGAGUCUCAUAGCAAGUGCUUUCUCCGGGGGAGGAGGUUUCAGCCGGCAACAUGCAGCUGCUACCGGCUGCCAUGUCCUGGAGACCCGAGAAAGCGAGAGUGCGAGGAGGGAUUUUACUUCAGCGAGGAAGUGUGUCACUGCAUCCCCAACUACUGGAGGAGAUUGGAUUAGCCCACACGAACCUAGCAGCUAACAGUGCUAAAAGAAGCGCAGAGAUGCUAACAGAAGCAGCCUUCAUGGUGCCUGCUGCUAAUCAGACUCCCUUUUGCUAGCACGGACUAGCAAAUCAACACAUGGGGACUCGUUUAAUAAAAAAAUAAAGACUUUUGAUUGUAGCCCCAAAUAUCAGACACAGGGGAGCGAGCUUACUUCGAACUUUAAAGAGGCUGGAGCUGUUUUAUUUUCUACAUCGUUUUUUUUUUUUUUUUUUUUUUUUACUCAUUAUUUGUCAGAUAUUGAUUCUAUAUAAUUUAUUGCCACUAAAAAAAAAAUUUUCUUUUUUGUGCAUAGUGAUUUUGAACCUUCACAAAGGAAAUACACUGUGAUCAAUAUUUUUGUAUCAUGUGAAGUCCAGUAAAAUAAAUAAUUAAAUAAAGUAUAAAGUUGUAUCA